AUGUCAAGCAAACGGCCUAUUAAAGCUUUUUAUGUUUCAAAGAAAAAACCUACAUCAAAUAGUUCACGAACAUCAAAUAGUAAUAUUAUUCCACAUAAAACUCAUAGUUCACCGGUAGUUCCAUCAUUUGCUGUUAUUGAUGAAAUUCGUUCUCCUGAUCCACCAUCAUAUUCACCAUUUGGACGAAUAUCGCAAAUAUCAAAUUUUAGUCAACGAGAAAACACAUGGAAUUCAUCAAAAAAAAAAUCAUCUGACGACUCAUCUUUAUCUGAAAAUGGCAUUGAAGAUGAAGAAGAAAAUUUCAAGACAUGCAUAUUCAUCAUUAUUGGUCUAUUAGUUGCUGCUUGUUUAAUUGCAGUGGUUGCCUUACUAACUGUUAUGGUUGUCAAUAAGAGCAAAGGUAACAUCAGAUUGACUUUUGUAUAA